AUACUUGUCUCCUCCCUCCCCUCCCCCCCUCUCUCUCUCCCCUCUCCUCCUCCUCUACCCCUCUUGAUCAAAGCCCUAACCCUAGUUUCUCUCCUCAGCCCCUUCCCCUAAUGGCUUCUCCCAAUUAACACCUCCAUUGCCGGCGCUCCUCUUCACAAAUCCAAGCUCAAUCCCAAAACUCGGCAUGGCGCUCCUCUUCCUCUGCUGAUUUUUCUGUUAUUUUCGGCAAAAUUAAGCUUCAAUUUUGGAUCCUGUGUCCCCACAAAACCUUGAAUCGUGGGAAGCUCCAAUUCCGACAAUGGAUCCAAAGAGAUCACGGUAGAUCCUGGGUAGUGUGAUUUUAUCUUAUUUAUUAUCUCAAUUUUGGUCGCAGCUCCAACACCCUCUGCCACUAACAACAGCCCUCCAGCUUACGAGUCUCCACUUCAUGCAAUAUCUCUUAUUCAACAAAGGUCUCUAGUUAUCAAGUGCGUGGCGAUCAAUUCCUCUCUCGCCUCGUCUUUUGGCCCGAUCCUCCUUCCUUGGAGUCCUCCGGGCGUGAAUCCGAAUCCGAAGCCAUGGACGUGGUCAAUGGGCAGCUUUUCUCGGUUGACCCCCUGGAGCGCUACGCCGCCAAGGGCCACGGCGUCAUCACCUCUAUGUCCGCCGGCAAUGACGUCAUCCUCGUCGGCACCAGCAGGGGUUGGCUCAUCCGCCACGACUUUGGCCUUGGUGACUCCCAAGAUUUGGACCUCGGGGGAGGGCGCUCGGGCGACCAGGCUGUGCACCGGGUGUUCAUGGACCCAGGGGGCAGCCAUUGCAUCGCCACCGUCCUUCUCCCGGGCGGCGCUGAGACCUACUACAUGCACGCCAAAUGGCUGCGCCCGAAGCUUCUUAGUCGACUCAAAGGCCUCGUCGUCAAUGCCGUUGCUUGGAAUCGCCAGCUAAUCACUGAAGCAUCGACAAAGGAAGUGAUCCUUGGGACCGAGAAUGGGCAGAUAUAUGAGACGGCAGUGGACGAGGUGGAGAAGAGGGAGAAAUAUGUGAAGCAGCUGUUUGAGCUGACUGAGCUCCAAGAAGCUAUAACAGGCUUGCAGAUGGAAACAGCCUCUGUUGGGAAUGCUACACGGUAUUACGUUAUGGCUGUAACGCCGACUCGGCUCUACUCUUUCACUGGCAUUGGUUCCCUGGAAACGGUCUUUGCAAGUUAUUUUGACCGCGCGAUACAUUUUAUGGAGCUUCCUGGAGAAAUACCAAAUAGUGAAUUACAUUUUUUUAUUAAACAAAGAAGAGCAAAACAUUUUGGUUGGCUUUCCGGAGCUGGAAUUUACCAUGGUGACUUAAACUUUGGUGCCCAGCAUAGUUCGGUGAGUGGUGAUGAAAAUUUUGUGGAAAACAAGGGCCUAUUAGACUACUCAAAGUUGGGAGAACUGGGUGAAGCUAUUAAACCCAGAUCCUUUGCAGUGUCUGAAUACCAUUUCCUGCUUCUAAUUGGCGACAAGGUUAAGGUUGUUAACAGAAUCAGCCAGCAGGUCGUCGAGGAACUUACAUUUGACCAUAACUCAGAUUCGUCCAAAGGAAUCAUUGGAUUGUGUAGCGAUGCCACUGCUGGAUUAUUUUAUGCUUAUGAUGAAAAUUCUAUCUUCCAGGUGUCUGUCCGUGAUGAGGGCCGAGACAUGUGGCAAGUGUACCUGGAUAUGAAGGAAUAUGCAUCUGCUCUAUCCCAUUGUCACAGUCCUUCCCAGAGGGACCAAGUAUAUUUAGUGCAGGCUGACCUUGCCUUUUCAUCAAAAGAUUACUACAGAGCAGCAUCAUUCUAUGCGAAGAUAAACUACGUCUUGUCAUUUGAGGAGAUCAGCCUAAAGUUCAUCACCAUAGGUGAGCAGGAUGCUCUUAGGACUUUCUUAUUAAGAAAGCUUGAUAAUCUCAUGAAGGAUGAUAAAUCCCAAAUCACAAUGAUCUCCACAUGGCCCACAAAACUAUACUUGGACAAGAUUAAUCGCCUUUUGUUGGAAGAUGACACGAGCAAGAUAGCUAAUACAGUGUCAGAUCAGGGUAUGUUAGAGUACCAUUCUUUUGUAAAAGAAUUUCGAGCUUUUCUUAGUGACAGCAAGGAUGUAUUGGAUGAGGCAACAACAAUGAGGUUACUUGAGAGUUACGGGAGAGUUGAAGAGCUGGUUUAUUUUGCUGGUUUGAAAGAAAAGUAUGAAAUUGUGGUCCAUCACUACAUUCAGCAAGGAGAAGCAAAGAAAGCAUUGGAAGUCCUUCAGAGACGGAAUGUACCUAUCGAUCUUCAGUAUAAAUUUGCCCCUGAUUUGAUUAGUCUUGAUGCUUACGAGACUGUGGAAUCAUGGAUGAAUACAGGCAACUUGAACCCCAGGAAACUUAUUGCAGCAAUGAUGCGUUAUGCAAGUGAACCACAUGCCAAGAAUGAGACACAUGAGGUCAUUAAGUACUUGGAGUUCUGUGUGAAGAAAUUGCAUAAUGAAGAUCCUGGAGUGCAUAAUUUGUUGCUUUCCUUAUAUGCCAAGCAGGAGGAUGAGACUCAGCUCCUACAAUUUUUGGAUUCCAAGUUUGGGAAAGGACAAACAAAUGGUCCCGAUUUCUUUUAUGAUCCCAAAUAUGCAUUGCGGCUAUGCCUCAAGGAAAAGAGAAUGCGUUCUUGUGUUUGCAUCUACAGCAUGAUGUCCAUGCAUGAAGAAGCUGUGGCUCUUGCAUUGCAGGUAGACCCAGAACUUGCCAAGGCAGAAGCAGACAAGGUUGAAGAUGAUGAAGACAAAAGGAAAAAACUAUGGCUUAUGGUCGCAAAACAUGUCAUUGAGCAAGAGAAAGGCUUUAAGAGGGAGAAUAUAAGGAAAGCUAUUGCGUUUCUAGCAGAGACUGGAGAACUCCUGAAGAUUGAGGACAUCCUGCCAUUCUUUCCAGACUUUGUGCUAAUUGAUGACUUCAAAGAGGAGAUCUGUAAAUCACUGAAAGACUACAACAAUCAGAUUGAAAAACUGAAACAGGAGAUGAACGAUGCCACACGCGGAGCUGAUAACAUUAGGAGUGAUAUUAGUGCCUUGGCUCAGAGAUAUGCUGUUAUUGAUCGUGAAGAAGAAUGUGGGGUUUGCGAGUGCAAAAUAUUAACUGCUGGAGCAUUGCAACAGAUUGGAAGGAGUUAUACAUCAAUGGCAUCUAUGGCGCCGUUCUAUAUAUUUCCUUGUGGUCAUGCCUUUCAUGCACAAUGCUUAAUAGCUCAUGUUACUCGAUGCGCAAGCCAAAGUCAAGUUAGUUACAAAUUUAAUCAUGCUGAAUAUAUUCUAAACCUUCAGAAGCAGCUUAGUUUGCUUGUCUCAAAGGCACAAAAAGGUUCAGGUGUCAGCGGGCACGAUGAGCCCGUCACAAGCACGACCUCUAUUGAUAAGCUAAGGUCACAGUUGGAUGAUGCAGUGGCGAGCGAGUGCCCCUUCUGUGGUGAUCUGAUGAUCAGGGAGAUCUCAUUGCCUUUCAUCGUGCCCGAAGAGGUUGAACAAAUGACUUCCUGGCAGAUCAGGCCGCAAGUUUUUUCUGCGCAGAAGAUUUUGCCCAUGACUAUGUCUAUAUGAAACUCGGAGCGUUCCAUAUGAUUUUUUGUACUAUGACUAUGUUUCUUUUCUUUUCUUCAUUUUUAUUUCGCCUGUUUUGGAUUUAUUGUAAUAUGAUACCAUUCCAAUUUUUAAUCACAUUUUGCCUUUAUUAAAAAAAAAGAGAAAUCUAUUUGUUGAAGAGAUGUGUAUGAUGACUGCGCAGUAGGCAAAGCCCAACUGCGUGUUGUAAUAUAUCAUCCACUACCAAAUUGUACUUCUGGUGUUGUUUCUUAA